AUGGCGGUGGUGAUGCUCAGUGGGUCCGUUGUGAGAACCUUCACUCCUUUUUACUUUCUGGUGGAGCCGAUGGACAUUCUGUCAGUUCGCGGGGCAUCUGUUAUAAUGAACUGUUCAGCUUAUUGUGAAACUCCUCCGAAGAUCGAAUGGAAGAAAGAUGGGACUCUUCUGAACUUGGUCUCAGAUGACCGUCGCCAGUUGCUGCCAGAUGGGUCUUUAUUAAUAAACAGUGUGGUGCAUUCCAAGCAUAAUAAACCCGAUGAAGGAUAUUAUCAGUGCGUGGCAACUGUGGAAAGCCUGGGGACCAUCGUAAGCAGAACAGCAAAGCUCACAGUAGCAGGUCUUCCCAGGUUCACCAGCCAGCCGGAGCUAUCGUCUGUCUAUAAAGGAAACAGUGCAAUCCUGAACUGCGAAGUGAAUGUUGACCUUGCUCCGUUUGUGAGGUGGGAGCAGGAUCGCCAGCCCCUCUUGCUGGAUGACCGUGUCUUUAAGUUACCAAGCGGAGCUCUUAUUGUCGGUAACGCUACUGAUACAGAUGGAGGAUUCUAUCGCUGCGUCAUUGAAAGCGGUGGGGCCCCCAAAUACAGCGAGGAGGCAGAGCUCAAAAUUCUUCCAGAUCCAGAAGAGCCACAGAGCUUGGUCUUCGUGAGGCAGCCGUCUUCACUUACAAAAGUUACUGGGCAAAAUGCGGUUUUUCCAUGUGUUGCUGGAGGAUUUCCAACGCCGUACGUCAGAUGGACGAGAAAUGGAGAAGAGCUAAUCACAGAAGACUCCGAGAGGAUUGUGCUGCGUGCUGGGGGCAGCCUGCUCAUCGGCGAUGUCACGGAGGAGGAUGCUGGGACGUACACCUGCAUAGCAGAGAACGAGAAUGAGACGAUUGAAGCUCAAGCAGAGCUUGCAGUACAAGUUCCUCCUGAAUUUCUGAAGCGACCUGCAAACAUUUAUGCUCAUGAGUCUAUGGACAUUGUCUUUGAGUGUGAAGUGACUGGAAAACCUACUCCAACUGUGAAAUGGGUCAAGAAUGGAGACGUGGUGAUUCCAAGCGACUACUUCAAAAUCGUUAAAGAACAUAAUCUGCAAGUUUUGGGUCUGGUGAAAUCAGAUGAAGGAUUCUAUCAGUGCAUUGCAGAAAAUGAUGUUGGAAAUGCACAGGCUGGAGCCCAGCUGAUAAUACUUGACCUCGAUGUUGCCAUCCCAACAUUACCUCCCACUUCACUGACCAGUGCCACUAAUGACCAUCUAGCACCAGCUACAACGGGACCACUGCCUACAGCCCCUCGGGACGUCGUGGCCACCCUCGUCUCCACUCGCUUCAUCAGGCUGACGUGGCGGACACCGGUGUCAGACCCGCAGGGAGACAACCUCACCUAUUCAAUCUUCUACACCAAGGAAGGUAUCAACAGGGAACGCGUUGAAAACACCAGUCGUCCUGGAGAGACGCAAGUCAUGAUCCAAAACCUGAUGCCAGAAACAGUUUAUGUCUUCAGAGUUGUGGCUCAGAACAAGCAUGGCCCCGGAGAGAGCUCGGCGCCGCUGAAGGUGGCCACGCAGCCCGAGGUUCAGCUGCCUGGUCCAGCACCCAAUAUCCGAGCAUACGCCGGCUCACCCACCUCUGUCACCGUCACGUGGGAAACGCCGCUGUCUGGCAAUGGGGAAAUCCAGAACUACAAGCUGUACUACAUGGAGAAGGGGCAGGACAGCGAGCAGGAUGUUGAUGUAGCAGGACUCUCCUACACCAUUACCGGAUUAAAGAAGUACACUGAGUAUAGCUUCCGAGUGGUAGCUUACAACAAACACGGUCCUGGCGUCUCUACCCAAGACGUUGUUGUGCGGACGCUGUCAGACGUUCCCAGUGCUGCACCACAGAAUCUAACGCUGGAGGUGCGGAAUUCCAAGAGCAUCAUGCUGCACUGGCAGCCCCCUCCUGCAGGGACACAGAGCGGGCAGAUCACUGGCUACAAAAUUCGCUACCGCAAAGUGUCCCGUAAGAGCGAUGUGACCGAGAGCAUCGGGGGGACCCAGCUUUUCCAGCUAAUUGAAGGUCUUGAACGAGGCACAGAAUACAACUUCCGGAUAGCUGCCAUGACUGUGAAUGGCACUGGGCCAGCGACUGACUGGGUGUCAGCAGAAACAUUUGAGAGCGAUCUAGAUGAAAGCCGUGUUCCUGAAGUUCCGAGCUCCUUACACGUCCGUCCGCUUGUCACCAGUAUCGUGGUGAGCUGGACUCCGCCUGAGAACCAGAACAUCGUGGUGAGAGGCUAUGCCAUAGGGUACGGCAUCGGCAGUCCUCACGCACAGACCAUCAAGGUGGACUAUAAACAGAGAUACUACACCAUUGAAAACUUAGACCCGAGCUCGCACUACGUUAUAACUCUGAAAGCAUUCAACAACGUUGGUGAAGGAAUUCCUCUCUAUGAGAGCGCAGUGACCAGGCCUCAUUCAGACACUUCCGAAGUUGAUUUGUUUGUUAUUCAUGCUCCAUACACUCCAGUGCCAGAUCCGUCUCCCAUGAUGCCACCGGUGGGAGUUCAGGCUUCCAUUCUGAGCCAUGACACCAUCCGGAUCACUUGGGCAGACAACUCUCUGCCAAAGAACCAGAAGAUCACGGAUGCUCGCUACUACACAGUUCGCUGGAAAACCAAUAUUCCUGCAAACACAAAGUACAAGGCGGCCAACACGACCACUCUGAACUAUUUAGUGACUGGGUUAAAACCAAACACCUUGUAUGAAUUCUCUGUGAUGGUGACUAAAGGGCGAAGAUCGAGCACGUGGAGUAUGACAGCGCAUGGGACGACUUUCGAGCUAGUUCCUACUUCUCCUCCCAAGGAUGUGACUGUGGUGAGCAAAGAGGGGAAGCCUCGGACAAUCAUCGUGAACUGGCAGCCUCCGUCCGAAGCCAACGGCAAAAUUACAGGAUACAUCAUUUACUACAGUACAGACGUGAAUGCGGAGAUACAUGACUGGGUUAUUGAGCCCGUUGUGGGGAACAGGCUGACCCACCAGAUACAAGAGCUGACCCUCGACACGCCGUAUUACUUCAAAAUUCAGGCCCGCAACUCGAAGGGCAUGGGGCCCAUGUCUGAGGCCGUUCAGUUCAGGACCCCUAAAGCGUCGGGGUCUGCGGGAAAAGGAAGCCGCCCGGUGGACGUGGGGCCGGACUACAAGCCCCCGCUGAGCGGCAGUAACAGUCCCCAUGGAAGUCCGACUUCUCCCUUGGAUAGCAACAUGCUUCUUGUCAUCAUAGUGUCUGUUGGGGUCAUCACCAUUGUGAUAGUGGUGAUCGUCGCCGUCUUCUGCACUCGUCGUACCACUUCUCACCAAAAGAAGAAACGAGCUGCCUGCAAAUCAGUGAAUGGGUCCCACAAGUACAAAGGGAACUCCAAAGAUGUCAAGCCUCCUGACCUUUGGAUCCAUCAUGAAAGACUGGAGCUAAAACCCAUUGAUAAAUCUCCAGAUCCCAAUCCAAUCAUGACAGAUACCCCAAUCCCUCGCAACUCCCAGGACAUCACCCCAGUUGAUAAUUCCAUGGACAGCAAUAUUCACCAAAGGCGGAAUUCCUACAGAGGGCAUGAGUCGGAGGACAGCAUGUCCACGCUGGCAGGAAGAAGGGGGAUGAGGCCCAAGAUGAUGAUGCCUUUUGAUUCUCAGCCGCCUCAGCCUGUGAUUAGUGCCCAUCCCAUCCAUUCACUCGAUAACCCUCACCAUCAUUUCCACUCCGGCAGCCUCGCUUCUCCAACUCGCAGCUAUCUCCAUCACCAGGUCAGCCCGUGGCCGAUGGGCACAUCCAUGUCCCAUUCAGACAGGGCCAAUUCCACAGGUGAGAUACAAUUGUCCAGGCAGAUUUUGAUUGUAAUGGAACAAUGAGUGAAAUGUGGAAAUCAAGAGCUGAAGCGGAGCUUGGUCAGCCCCUGCUGGGGCCUUAUAGCAGGGAGCACGGACCGUCCCAGCUGGUAUUUUUCUUUCUUUUGCUGUGCCCCUUUGUGCUGAAUGAAAGUACGGCUGUGAGGUUUUUAGAUGGCAGCUGCAGUUUCACCUAGUGCUGUAUUUGCUUCAGUAGGUGACCGGCAGCACGUUUUCUGGUUUAUUGCUAAAAAAAGAGGGAGAAGGAACAGAGGAAAAAUUAUUUCCCAUAGAGGCAGAGGGAGGGGUUUAAGCACAGACAAGAUCCUUGAGUUAGAUUGCGCUUUCUGUAACCAACUUCUUGUGUAGCUCGGGUAUUGAUCAUUUCCAUAGGCGAUAAUGCCCUUUGGAAAGGAGUCUUAAUGUUUAAUGUUUUGUAUGCACUUCAAACAGGACGACUCCUUAUUCUAAAACCUUCAGCCCCGGAGUCUGAAACAACCAUUUCCAUCUAAUUUGAGCGACUGAAUUUGAUAAUAACUUUCCUAAUUAGUUGUGUUUAAACACAAGAGGGGACUAAAGUCCAGACUUUGUUGCUGAGACUCUCUAGUUAAUCUGCCUGAAGCACAAAGAAAAUUGUGGUGUUUCCUGUGCAGUGCUUUUCAGGCUUGAAGCACAAGCACUUGCAGUAGUUUUUGUAAUGUCUCCAGUGCUGUGAAGAAUUCUGAGGCAACAGUGCUGCUAGAUCACAAGCAGGCAACAUCUAGAGUUGAAGUAAAUUAGGAGCUC